AAAUCAAGGAUGUCUGGUCAUCAAAGGGCUAGGAUGUUCUUAGAGUUCCCAGCUUAAAUUGCCAUCUGCAGCCAGAGAGAUAAUGGAAGACAAGAACAAUGUGAUCCAAGAAACAGUGCACAGACAUGCCUGUUGCAAUGAGAACAAACAGAGGGAAAGCAAAAGAUACUGUUGAGAAGAUUAGCUAUUGUAGGUUUUGAAGCUGGAGUGUGGGUGAAAAAACACCCAUGGAGUUCAAUACAUACAAUGCCAUGGUCAAGUGUGAAAAGGUUUAACUGUGGAGCCCAAAAUGCUGAACGUUUGAAUGCUGUUUCUGGUAGCUGGACUUGAAAGUUUUGAAGAUCAGUUCCUUGUAUGUGAGAUUAUUGAGAGGACAAUGUGUAGAUUUCCAGCACAGAGGAAUGAGUUCUGCGGUGACUACCCUGACUACCACUGUGUGUUGACAGCUGCAAAGUUUCUGUUGAAGUUAUAACAAGUUUGAUACAGAUUAUGGCUGCAGCACACCUAACUAAAGAGCCAGUUCCACUGAACACAGCGUGCCUCACUUCUGAGCAAACACACGGCUGUACAGGUGAGCAGGGCACCAGUUCAGCUGGGAACCUUGAAGAUGCUGAGGAUAAUGAGGAGUUCCUGGAGCAGCUCAUGUCCAUCACCUCCCACAACCUACUCCAGCUGGAGGUGGAGGACAAAUACAGUAUAACCAAGGAGCUGGGCAGUGGCUCCUAUGGACACGUUCUCCAUGUUCAGCAACGUGAAAAAGGGACUCCAAUGGCACUGAAGCUGAUGCCUAAGGAACGAACCGGGAGGCGGGAGUUCCUGCGGGAAUACUGCAUCGCUCUUUGCCUCUCCUCGCACCAUGCCCUGCUCCGAACCACCAGCAGUGCUUUUGAGACAUCCACACAUUAUGGCUUUACACAGGAGCUUGCACCUGCUGGGGAUCUUUGCACCAUCCUGAACUCAGAGCAGGACGGCCUUCCCGAGAUGCAGGUGAAAAGGUGUGCAGCCCAGCUGGCAGAGGCGCUGGACUUCAUGCACAGCAAGGCCUUGGUGCACCGAGACAUAAAGCUGGACAAUGUGUUGCUUUUUGACAAAGAGUGUCGUCUGGUGAAGUUAGGGGACUUUGGCCUGACUCGCCUGGAAGGCACCCCAGUAGCUGCCAUGUCUGGCACCCUGCCCUAUUCCCCGCCUGAGCUGUGUGUGCUGGAGGGUACCGAGACGCUGGCGCUGGACUCCAGCCUGGACGUCUGGGCCUUUGGGGUGCUGCUCUUCUGCCUCUGUACCGGUUGCUUCCCUUGGGAUGUGGCAAUGAGUCCUGACCCUCAGUAUGAGGGAUUUGGCAUUUGGCAGAACCGCACUGUGCCAGGGGAGGCUCCGGGCCUCUGGAAAGGCUUCAGCACUCAUGCCUUGGACAUGUUCCGCCGCCUAAUGGCUAUUGACCCAAACCGCCGCAGUCCCGCCAUCGAAGUGCACAAGUACUUACCUCUGCCUUGGCGAGUAGAUACCUGUGGAGAGACACAGGGCUCCCAGGGUGACUCUCUGAAGGUGGAAGAACCUGAGGCCUGCCUCGGCAGCCCUGCUGAGGCAGACACAGACACGGGCAGCAGCCCCCAGGGUAAUCGCCUUGGGCAAAUACAGCCAGAACUGAUUGUCUCAGAGAAAACACAUACCAUACAAAUGCAGCCCAACCCUGGAAGCAAUCCCACUCCACAGAAAGACUCAAGGCAGGCAGAACCUGGGCUCCAGCCCUGAAGGAAGGCACUCCCUUCUUCAAACAGGUCAAGGGAAGAUGGAAGGCCCAAGUCAAGGAGGGAGGAUUUAGCAGUAGUGUGACCAGCUAUGGGAGAAAUUUCCGAAUAUUGAGUAAAGUAGUGUCACCUCCCUCUUUGCCUGUUGGUCAGGGCAGAACAGAACUAGUCACUCAGUAGAGAGAAAUGCCCUCCCUGGCCAGAGGGCUGGUGCAUGACCAGGUAAUAGAGAUACCAAAUAGAACAACUUCCAUUUCAGUAACCUCACAGGAAUACCUCUAGCGGAGAUAAAGGUUGCUUUCUCACUGGAAGUGCAUCCUUUGUCCACUUCCUAUUCCCACACAUAUGAUUCUUAUUUUCACCAGACCUCUGCAGUUGCAUAUAUUAAUAUUUUCUUAUUUUUCUGGAACAUCCAGUCAAUAUCAGUAUCAAAUAAUUGCAGACCAAUGUUUUGCAAGACAGGAUCAAUGCUAGAGCUCUGUUUGUGUGUAGGCAUCACCAUGUUGGUGUUUCUGCAAACUAGAAUUGUUGCAGCAUCUUCUGUGUUUAUAACAUGAGCAUUGCACAGAGAUGCAAUUGUGGGAGAGGUAGGAGGAGUUCCCAUAUACGAGUGCGUGUGUGUACACUCGUAGAUAUAUAUAUAUAUAUAUAUAUAUAUAUUCCACUGAAAGCAUGUACACAUAGCAAUGUAGGUUUUAAAAUGUGAAGGCACAUAGCAAUGUAGGUUUUAAAAUGUGUGUUAUACAGAGUUCAUCUCCACCAUACAUGCACAAACAACGGUAGUGGCAAAAUAAAAAUAAUCAUAAAAAUCAUGGAGAAGAAGGGUGCGGGGUGUGCAUGUGAUUAGGAAGACUAACUUUGAGCUAUUUCAGCCUCAUUCUCUGCUGCUCAUGCCUUUGGCAUGCCAAUUUUUGAGGGAACCCUAUUCCUCCUCAAUGCCCCCUUUUGUUGUUGCACACUCUUGCAUGGUGGCGCCCAGCAAAAUCCUCUCUCGCCACUGCACUCUUCCCCUGGUUUCCUUUUCCUUGUUACCAUUUCCUACUCUUUCCUUGGUGAUGGGAGCAGAGAGGGGGCUUUUUUUCCAGGCAGCCCCUGGCCAAAGCAAGUGAGAAAGAAAUUGAGCAUUGGGUAUGGGGUUUUCCUGCACUUAAACCCCACUGAAUCACUGAGAGGAAGCAGUAGGGAAUGAAGGCAGAGGAGUAGAAAGACAGGGUGGUGAUGAGGAGGCAGCAGGAGACUGAAAGCAUUAUAAAUCAUAAUGCUGCUAGCAUGGAAUAUAUAUAUCCUUGAAGCAUAUGGAAGUUCUUUGCAUCUGAAACAUCUCCAAAAAGGUAGCUUAGAAAACCAUGAAAAAUGAGGCAGAAACCGUGCGUGGAUAAUUGCGAGGGGUGGUUGUCAUGUGAUACAGUGAUGAGCCAGACAUUACAAUGCCAGUGAGAAACCCUCCAGUUGCUCACCUCCCUGACAUUUUCUCAUUCCUUUUCAGAUCUAAUUUAUAGGAUUUUUUAAGGAAUUUAAAAAACAUCCACAACACCAGGUUGUCCAGUGGGCACUAUUAAGGGAUCUGUUCCUGUUCCUUAAACAAACAUUUCGGAUUGUGGGGAGCUUAGUGAUGGAUAGCCCAAUACUGGAACAGCCUUUCUCAAUGACUCAGAUCUUGGUUUUUGUUAUUUAUUAGACUCAUGAAAAUUAAUUUACAGGGCUCUUUAAAAGUAAAAUAGACUUGUUUUACCAUUAAGGUAAAAGAAUGAAAGGAAAUCCAUAAUUAAAGACUCCCCUCCAUUUGCAGGAAUAGAGUUGAUCAGUUCAGAAACAAGCUAUUCAAGAAGUUAUGAUCAGGCUCUUUACUCUCUCACUGGUAGUCACAAAGAAGAAAUAAAUCAAGCUGAACCUUCAAGGCAACAUUCUUUUAAUUGAAAUUUGCUUGAAAUAUUACUGAAUGGGGCAUUAUAAGCAGACAUUACAGAAGGUUCUUGGCCUUGGGGAAGGAUGCUGUAGGAUAAUAUAGCACUAUAUUAAAGUAUUUCUAGCUUUAUUAAUUCUGUUUCUGGCUGAAAGCAGAAAAGCCAAAUCUUGGCAGAGCCGAAGGUUUAUAUACUAGCUCUAAUGUACAAGCAACCUAACCUCUUCUCUUGUGAAUGUAGCAGGGCCAGCCCAAUCACAUAGGUAAAAAAGCACAAACAGAUGAAUGGAUUUGAAAAUGCAGUGGCCGAUGUAGAUUUUUUAAAAUUAUAAUAAUGAAGCACAGUGACAAUGGUGUGUGUGUUAAUUUUAUUGUCUUGUUGAUGGAAUUUCUAUAAUAAAUUGUUAGCAAUGAAGAAGCUUGUGUCCAAUGGCUGUAUUCCUUGGCACACAAGACUAAGAUGGGGUGGCACAUGCCCCCUGCCAAAACCUUGCUGUGAUACAGUGUAAAGCAGAGGUGGACAACAUGUGCCCCUCCCAAAUGUUGUUGGAGUGUAGUUCCCAUCAGCAUGGCCAAUGGUGUGGAUGAUAGGAGCAGUUGGGUAGUGCAGCUUGGUGGAUUCUUGCCCCUCCGGCUCUCUUGCAUGAGGGACUUCCCUCAGGUGUGCCAGAGGGGUUGUAGUUCUUUUCUGCAGCAUAGCUCAGCUUGCUCCACUUUGCCUGAGCAUGGAUUGCACCCCCCCAUCUUGCUUCUGGAGCAGGAGGGGAGGGUGCCCCAUCAGCUUCUUCAUACGCUGCUACACUUCAGAGUCUGAGCCCAAUUUGCACAACAGAGAAUGCUUAAAAGUAGAAGUCAGCUUACCUUCAUAGCUGCCAAGAUGAGGAGCCUGAUUCCUCCCCACUCUGCCUCCUCGGAUGCCUCCUGGAAGACUGAGAGGGAAGGGUAUAUUGGGAAGGUAAAGAGUUCCCAUGAUGAGUCUGAUUGUCAGGAACUCCACACUAAAAACCAUGAAGUGUGGAAACCAUGCAGUGUGGACCGAGUCUGGUGAAUGACUAUGACAUCAUCUUUCCCAUCUAGAAGUAUUCCAAAAUCCCCUUGCAUGGGUCCCAUUUUUUUCAUGGACCAUGCCCCAGAGUAGGGCAGCAGAAUUCCAAUCUCUAAGUAUCAAAGGAGUGGCUCUCAUGCCUCUAAUUUCCAACUGAAACAGGACCUUAGGGUCAGGAGUUCACAAGCUGUUCUUUCCAAGGCCUGAGGAUUUGCUUCCUGAUUGGCUUUUGAGAAUGCCCAUUUCAGACUUUUCUCCGGCAUGCUAUGAAUAAUGGGGCUAUUAUCUGCUAUCAUAAACUUUAAGGAAAGCAUCAGAGACCUAUGUAGUGAUUCUAUUAACAUUCUUUUAAGUAUUUUGUGCUUCACACAAACCUUUUGAGAAUGUGGCCUUUUGCCUCGAUGUGGUCAGUUUGAGAGAACUGUAAGUGCACAGCCAUGAGCUGAGGUAGUGGUGUGAAGGCUUGUGCAGUCAACUCAAAAUGGACCACAUUUUGCCACUUCAUCACAGCUGCAGGUUUCCAGGAAGUCACAUUUUGUGACUUUCAGAUGAUGUCUUCAGCCUAGGACUGACAGCUAAAGCUAAAAGUAACACCUAAAUUCCUUUACUUUAAUCCUUCAUGGCAAUGGUUUCAUGCUGGCAGUGCAAGAUGGAGACUUACCUUGUGUUAUUUCCCUUGGAGUCUGUUUGGCAUCUUAUGUUACGAACGAAAAGGCCUACUGCCAUCUUCUGGCAUGAAGUAGUAUAGAAAUCCUGAUCAGUGAAGGCAGCAAAAGGCAGUCCAGAGUCAAGUCUCACUCAGCACACACAGUUGUUUUACUCUUAAAAUGUCUGCAUGUACCUGUUGGGAAAAUUCAGAUAAAUCCAGGCAGAAAAGGGUUGCUUAUGUGCCUUUGUGUUAUAAAACACCUUCACCACUUUCUCAGGAAGCACCCAAAAAUUCCAAGCCAGAUUACCAUUUAGCAUUUGCUGUUACUUUAAGAAGUGGGAGUUCAUAGCUUGCCUAGAAGCAGCCAGGGCUAUUGUUUUUGAUGAUCAGUAAGGGCCAAUAGGAGGAGGAGUGGAGCCUGGAGGAGUGUUGUCCAUGGGGUUGCGGUGGGACUGACACACCACGCAGGACUUCGGGACUAACAACAACAACAAGGGCCAAUAAGACUGCCAGGUUAACAGCAUUGCAAUCACCCUAUUUGCAUGCUAAAAGACUCACAAUAAUCCUUGUGACUCAGUGAUCGUUAUGUUAAUCUCCUGCAAUCAAAUGCCAUUGUAUUGAGCCCCUCGUAGACCUCUCACCUUCUUCUGACUAUGUUCCCCUUAUUUCCUCAUCAACUACCCAGUUGCUGGGCCCAUGUGACUCAGAAUCUAUAAAACACUCUUUGUUCUAAAAGACUGUAGUUGGUGGUGGAGACCACUACCUGGUAGCAUGUUGUUGUAAGUAACUGCAGGAGGCUUGAGUGAUCUCACCAAUAAAAAUGUUGGGGAUCAAUUCAAUUCAAAUUCAACACCACAUAGUUAAUUCUCCUUUAGUGUUUGUCUUAAAAACAAAAGGAAUUUAUGCUCUGAACUUGUAUAUUUAGCAUAUAAGCCAACUUCACUGAUUUUUAAACCAGUCAGUGACUGGGUUCAGACAACACAACAAGCCAUGGUGGUAGGGAGAAACCAUAGAACAAACCAUCAUUUCUUACUGUGGUUUCUAAAGUCCAGAUGUAACAUGGUGAGAUAUCACAAUAGGUUUGGAUAACACAACAGACCAACAAUGGUUAAAAAACCCACCAUGACUUGUUGUAUUGCCUGAACCCAGCCAAUGCAUAGUGAGUUUUUCAUUUUCUUGACAAAAAUACAGGUGUUCCUGAGGAAAAAGCACAUGGGAUCUGAAGUAGAGUGCUAUUGGCCUGCUAGCCUUUCCCUAUGUCACUGCUAUUUGUUAGUCAUACACCACUUCCACAUGUGUUGCUCCCUGCUGAGCCUUUGUUGUCGGACCAUCCUGAGACUUUAUGUAUAGCAUGGGGUAUACAAGUUUUAAAUAAGUCAAUCAAUAAAGAUCAAGGAUUGUCACAGCA